AUGCAUAAUGAGACAGAUGAGAGUGUAAGGUCGUUGUCUAUAAAUAACGAGACAGAUGAGAGUGUAAGGUCGUUGUCAAUACAAGAGACAGAUGAGAGUGUGAGGUCAUUGUCUAUACCUGAGACAGAUGAGAGUGUAAGAUCGUUGUCUAUAAAUAACGAGACAGAUGAGAGUGUAAGGUCGUUGUCUAUACAUAAUGAGACACAUACAGAUGAGAGUGUAAGAUCGUUGUCUAUAAAUAACGAGACAGAUGAGAGUGUAAGGUCGUUGUCUAUACAAGAGACAGAUGAGAGUGUGAGGUCAUUGUCUAUACAAGAGACAGAUGAGAGUGUGAGGUCAUUGUCUAUACCUGAGACAGAUGACAGUGUAAGAUCGUUGUCUAUAAAUAACGAGACAAAUACAAGCGUUAGGUCGUUGUCUAUACAUAAUGAGACAGAUGAGAGUGGUAGGUCAUUGUCUACACAUGAGAUAGAUGUGAGUGUUAGGUCGUUGUCUAUACAUAAUGAGACAGAUGAGAGUGUUAGGUCAUUGUCUAUACAUAAUGAGACACAUGUGAGUGUUAGGUCG